AUAUAAGUGCACUCCAUCGGCUCGGAAUGAAUGGUUUCUGCGUCAUAUGGUGCGCUAUAUGUCCAAUAGGGAGCGAUUCGGUAUUCAGCUGAAAGUCCUAUUGUUUCGUUUCCUGUGGCUGUUCACUUGUCCACUUGACUUGGUUUGGCUGAGAGAAGCUCCACAUCUCCAAUAGGAGCAGAGUAACGGUUUCUCACAGCUCUCUGCUCCGUCUGCUUCAGAGGUUUAACACAACCGAUUAUCCCCCCCCCACCCCCCCCUCCAAAAAAAAACAAAAAAAAAAAAAAACAACAACAACAACAACCCCAACUCUACAUAAUGCUUUGUGCAUUUCUGGAAGCUUAAUCAAAUCGAAUUGUGGUCUUCUCUCAAGAGCUCACUCACUUUUUCAACAACAUGAAGGAACUGGAGCAGAGAAAGCAAAAAGUGACCGUCUACGCGCACUAAAGAUGAUAAGAGCGCAUCUGAGUGUGUGUCGAUGAUGGGCUGGGAAGUACACUGCCGCUAAUACACUUUCUGACAGCUGGGAAUUCGCCAGAAGCAAAACUCCUCCACCGUCCUCUGAUGCCACAAUGGCAAGUCUGGCUCUUAACGAGACUGGGCUGGAGGACUGCGGAAUUGACGACUCCUUCAAGUACAACUUGUACGGUGUAGUGUACAGCAUUGCCUUUGUGUUGGGCCUCAUCACCAACUGUGCUUCACUCUUUGUUUUCUGCUGUCGUAUGAAGAUACGCAACGAGACCACUCUCUUCAUGACCAACUUGGCAUUAUCGGACUUGAUAUUUGUAUUUACUCUACCUUUUAAAAUCUACUAUAACGUCAGGCGCCACUGGCCGUUUGGCGACGGGCUCUGCAAGAUCUCCGGAGGAGCCUUCAUCACCAACAUCUACGGCAGCAUGCUCUUCCUCACCUGCAUCAGUGUGGACCGCUUCCUGGCUAUAGUUUACCCCUUUAGAUCGCGCUCCAUCCGCACUCGCCGCAACGCUGGCAUUGUAUGCGCUCUGAUCUGGUUGCUGAUCCUGGGUGGAGGCAUGUCUGUGACCUUCUUCUCUGCAACCAACCAGGCCAAAACCAUCACCACUUGCUUCGAGGGCUUCUCCCAGAAAACCUGGAAGACCUACCUGUCUAAGAUCACCAUUUUCAUUGAGGUAGUCGGUUUCCUCAUUCCGUUGCUCAUCAACCUGGCCUGUUCGUCCAUGGUGCUACGAACACUGCGUAAGCCGGCUACACUUUGCCAAAUUGGAACCAACAAGAAACGUGUCCUGCGCAUGAUCGUGGUGCAUCUAGCCAUCUUCAUCGUCUGCUUUGUGCCAUAUAACUCUGUUCUUUUUGUUUACGCUAUGGUGCGCACCCAAGCCUUGGCAAGCUGCUGGCUCGAACGAUUGGCACGAACUCUUUAUCCUGUAACGCUCUGUGUGGCCACCCUCAACUGCUGCUUUGAUCCAGUGGUAUACUACUUCACCUCAGAGUCUUUUAAGAAGUCUCUGACCACAGGGAAAUGUCAAAAUAAGCUGGAAAGUACACCACGCACUGAAGGGCCUGUGUCUAGCAAAGAGAACAUAGAGACUGAAAAAGUAGAAGCUAACAGAGUGUCCAGCAAUGGAAAAGAACAGGUUACAGAGACUCAGUUCUGAGUGGACGGAAUAUACAACAGCACCAGUAUCCACCAGUAAUUAAGAGGAGCUUUGCUGAGGACUUAGCACUAAGUAUUUUGCUCAGCCAGAGGAAAUGUCUGGAAUUUGAAGCCUUCAAGCUCUCAGGCUGAAUGCUUACAGAGAUCCGUAUUUAAAUUUGACUGUAAAGGUCCAACACUGUUUUAUGCCAUCCAACUGUAUGUUGAAUAAAGUGGCUCCACACAAGUAGUGGCGAAUGCUACAGUGCCUUCCACUAAUAUUGGCACCCUUGGUAAAUAUCAGUUUGAAAUCCGUGAGAGCGGAGUAUUUGUGUGAAUUUUUUGAACAAAAGAUCACAAGGUUAAACAAUAAAGACAAUUUUUCACAGCCUUCUUUGCUCAUAUUUACCAAAAGGGUGCCAAUAUUACUAGAGGGCGCUGUGUAUUAAUGAUUAUAUUUAGUCGAUCGUUUUUUUUUUCUCUUUCUUUUAAACGAAUUAGCACUCCUUAACUUAACUGAUAGACAUGUAUACAUGAAGAGUGUGUGACUGUUAACCGCUAAACAUUUAAAUAUGUUGGUGUGCACUUACACGCACGGAUGCACUGAAGUAAUGUUCCUUAUUUUUUUAUUCUGAUCAACGUUUUUGUAUGAGAGAUAGGAUUGAAGAACUGUCGGCUCCUAACAAAGCAGCACUUUUACACGUGGGAUCUCUGAAUGUCUUUUUACUGUAGAUGCUGUAGGUUUUCAGGCAAUUAAAAGGUUUAAGACUGA